CUCCGUCACGGUUUCAGUGGUCGAAAUAGUUGCUAGAUCGCCAGACUACAUAAUAGUUUCCAGAUAAAUGUGUACGAGCACAGAGAACACAUCACCCUUUCAGUAUUUUCCAUGGGAGUAGCACAAUGGACUGGAUAAUCACCACAAUAUUCUUGUCGGUGUUUAAAGCUGCACUUUGCUUUAAUAUCGACCCCGUGGCUUGGAAGACCCUGAAAAACACUGCUGCAGGUUUUGGAUACCAGGUGGUGCAGAGACAAUCAGACCUGCUGGUCAGUGCUCCUCUUGAACAGUAUUCACAAGGACGAAGUGGACAAAUAUACAAAUGCUCCCUGGAAUCAUGCAGUGAACUUUCAGUUCCACUGCCAGAUUUUGCAGUCAACAUGUCUCUUGGUUUGACAAUGACGAAUGAUCCCGUCACACAAAACACCAUGGCAUGUGGUCCAACCAUCCCAAAGGACUGCCAAAGUAUCACCAUGUACAGUGGUAUGUGCUUCCAGAUUGACCGUUCUGAUGGCAUUACAGGUCCUGUACCUUCUUCUAAUAAAGAGUGCCGAUCAGCAGACAUUGCAUUUCUGUUGGAUGGCUCAGGCAGCGUUAAUGAUGAGGAUUUUGACAAGAUGAAGACUUUUGUGAGAGAUCUGGUCCGCUCACUCCUGCCACUAGAUACAAAGUUUGCUAUUGCCCAGUUCUCCAGGAAUCCCAGAAUCUAUUAUUACUUUGAUAAUUUUUUCUCUGGAUCUACAUCAUGGGAAGAAAAAGUUACUGGCAUUGAGCAACUACAGGGGUCAACUUUCACAGCUGCAGCCAUCAAAAAUGUGGUCGAAAAUAUUUUCACACCAAGAAGAGGUUCCAGGUCAAAUGUGAAUAAGGUCUUGAUAGUCAUUACUGAUGGAGAAUCUAACGACCCGGGGCAAUUGCAAUCGGCAGCAACCUUAGCUAACAGGGCAAAGAUCACACGAUUUGCUAUUGGUGUGGGGAACGCAUUUACCAAUCUUAAUGCAAAAGCGGAACUGGGGAUCAUUGCAUCUUCACCAGACAACGUGUUUCAAGUGCAGAGCUUUGACGCACUUGACAAAAUCAGGAAGAGUUUGCAGGCCAAACUCUUCGCUAUUGAAGGUUCGCAAAGUGGAGAGUCACUGAAAAUGGAAAUGUCUCAAGAGGGAUUCAGUGCAGCUUAUGUACCUGAGGGAAUUCAGAUGGCUAUUGUUGGUGCUAAUGUGUGGAAGGGAGGCUACCAGCAAUACUCAAUGAGUACAGGACGGGGGCUGAGCUCCUAUGAGCCUAAUAUGGAGCCUGACAGUUAUCUGGGUUACUCCAUGGCAGUCGCUACAACGAGUCAAGGCACAUUGACAAUUGUUGGUGCUCCAAGAUAUAAACACCUAGGAGUUGUGAUGGUCGUUUACCCAGACUUGAGUAACAAAAUCAUCGACCCCUCUCCAUUCCAGUUUCAGAGCGGUGGAUAUUUUGGGGCCGUUGUUUGUGCGAUGAAAGUGGAUCGUGACCUCUACACUGACCUAAUCCUCAUAUCUGCCCCCAUGUUCAUGGACAAUGAUAGAGAGGGAAGAGUUUACGUUUGCAGAUUAACUGGUUUGAAUGUCGAGUGUGACUUAGAUGCUCCGUCAAUACUGAAAGGGGACGCAUCUGACGAAGGAAGGUUUGGGUCUACUCUUGCUGUGCUACCUGAUCUUAACAGAGAUGGUUUCAGGGAUUUGGCAGUUGGAGCGCCUUUGGAGAAUGAUGGUCAAGGCAGCAUCUACAUAUUUCACAGCGAAGGACGAAGAGGAAUCAGUUCUACUCACUCACAGAGAAUUGCUGGCUCUGAAGUCGGACCAGGACUGAAGUUCUUCGGCAUGUCGAUCAGUCAGUCCUCUUUUGAUCAUAGUAGGGACAAUCUGCCCGAUUUAGCGGUGGGUUCAAAGGGCGCAGUUGUCUUACUCAGAUCAAAGCCUAUAGUAAUGGUAGCUGCUACGGUGACCUUCAGCCCAAAAAAAAUCUCUACUCAAAACUCAGACUGCUUAAAACCUUUGCCGAUCUCAGCUGAAAUCUGCUUUAAGAUGACCAGACACUCUACAGUAGAGCAAGCUGAAGCAAGGAUUAGCUUUAAUUUAACGCUGGACGCUACCCGCAAAGUCCCAAACAACCGAGCUUACAUUAGUGGGAAACAACGAGAAGCGGAUGGAGUAGUUAAUCUUAACUUGGUACGGAGUCAAUGCGCCUCGGUGCAGUUCUUUGUUGAGGCUUGUCCAGAGGAUUCUCUCAAUGCACUUUCCAAUGAACUCAGAUUCACCUUUGACGGUGUGCCUUCCGCCGAUAAUCUCAGACCGAGUCUCGCCGAGCAGGCGCAGACAACGAGCCGCCAUCCUUUAGGGUUCGAGAUCAACUGCGGAAGGGACGACCAAUGUGUAGAUAAUCUGAAAGUGGAUUUCAACUUUACCAGAUCCUCGGAGGUUAAAGUUGGCAUUGAUGAACUGCUGAAUGUCACCGUCUCACUGGAGAACAGCGAGGAAAACUCCUACAACAGCCAUGUGAUUCUCACAUACCCAGCCGGACUCUCCUAUAGGAAGUUUACAGAUGUGCAGGGAAGAAUAGAGUGCAACUCGUUGGACAGUGAAGAUGGCGUAACGCCAGGAAAGACAGACUGCACUGUUGACAAGCCUAUUUUGAAGAGCAACACUAAGGCUUUCUUCAUCGUCUCCUACGGGAUCGAUGCCAAUAGUCAGCUUGACAGGAGGAUUUUUGUCUCUGCGAAUGCUACCAGUGGGAAUCAGGAACACGCCGUCUCAAGUGAGCUCCACAAAAACAAAGGGAUCGAUGUGAAGUACAGCAUUUUUGCCACAAUUGAAAGUUCCCUCAGCUACAACAACUUCUCUUAUGGAAAGAAUAAUUUGCAGAAACCAGUCCAACAAUUAAUUUCGGUUACAAAUGAUAUCAGAGCGCUGGACUUCACGGUGGUGAUCAAGGUGCCAGUGAAGCUCGGUGAUAAAGACAUCUGGGUGGAUUCGAGCAGUUUGCAGAUUCCAGACUGCCAAAGAGUCAGCGAUGAAGAACCUAUUGACAAAGAUUUUGUUCCUAAGAUACAGAAAAAUAAGUUAGUGGACUGCUCUGUAGCCAGGUGCACAGUGUUCAAAUGCAGUCGGUUCAUGGGACGACUGGAGAGUAAAGAGUACAGAAUCUCAGCCAACCUCAGUUCUCGAUGGAUAGAGCAGAUUGGACUUAAAUCUGCCAAAUUCCUCUUGACCAGCACAGCCAGUCUGGAGUACGACAGAAACCAGUACAUCUUCGUUUCAACGGGGUCUAAUAACAACCCUCCUGUUCGCAAGAUUGAAGCAGAGGUAGAAGUGUAUGCUGAGCCAGACUUCACCAAAGAGAUUGUCGGAGGAUCCCUGGGAGGGCUGGCUCUACUGGCUUUACUCACCGCUGGCCUGUAUAAGGCUGGAUUUUUCAAGAGUAAAUACAAGGAGAUGAUUAACGAGGAGGCAGCAACAGCAGCAGCAGAUCCGGGGGUUGAAGGAGGCGAACCCGCACCAGAAUAACAAAUGUAAAACCAGUGGAUGUCCCACAGACACCAGCUGUUUCCAAAUCCAAUACAUUCACAGCAUUAGCAUGCUAAUCGCAGCGGACCGCAAAACAACAACAUCUACAGUCAUCUCUGAUUAGUUCAUCUGUACCAUUAGUCAGAGUUGUACUAUUUUAUAACAUUUUCAGGAAUGAUUUAUAUGGAAGAAGACCACUUCCGAUUUGUUAUACCAGAAAGCUUAGCUGUGUCUGAAAUCACUCCCUCACUCAGUCAUUCACCAUUUAGAUUCUCAGCUUUGGGGUCGGGACGGCAACAAGGGGUAACAAGAUGCUUUCCUGGUUAGGAAGUAAUACUAAGUGAAUACUGUAAAGUUUUUACCUCUUUAGGCUCCUAAAAAUGAUUCAAACGAAAGUCUCAGCAGGGAAAAUCUCGGAUUGCAAAAAGGCAUCGGUUCAUAUCAUCACUUCAUCAUUUAAUCCUGUUAUAUUUGUGUGAAAUUGUCAUUAUUAGCAUAUGAAUUCUUGAGUUAUGACCAAAAACGUGUUUUGUGAGGUCACGGUGACCUUCGACAACCAAAACCUAAACAGUUCAUCGUCGAUACCAAGUGGACAUUUGUACCAAAUUUGAAGAAGUUCACUCAAGGCGUUCCUGAGAUGUCACUUUCAAGAGAAUGGGACGGACGUGAGGUCACAGUGACCUUUGACCACCAAAACCUAAUCAGUUGAUCUUUUAGUCCGAGUGGACGUUUGUACCAAAUUAGAAUAAAUUCCCUCAAGGAGUUUCUGAGAUAUUGCUGUCGCCAGUGCGGAGGCAUAAAAAGGUUGUGAACCGCUGUCCUGUAUUACAGACACUCAAUUAUUGACUUAAUAGCGUGUAGUAAAAAGAGAUUUCAGGCACUAUAGAGUAUAAAUUUCACAAAAAAAUUUGCCAAUCAGGGCACAACCAGGGUAAAUGUAGUGCACUAUACAUAGAACAUAGAGUGCUUUUGGACACAGCCCAAGUGAUGUUACUGUAUGUGGCAGGAGGCUUUACAAAAUAACUGUACAUUUUUCCAAUCAUAAUAUUGACCUAAACAGCCCAUUGUUGGUCUACAAUGCAACAUUUCUGCUUAUAUAUUUCUGCAAGCUAUGCAUGUUAACUUUUAGAAUUUGUUUAAUGGUGAAAAAAAACAACUGGAUUCAAACAUAUUGUUACUGUAAAACUGCUGAAAUUGAAACUGCAAUAUUGAUUUAAGUAUUCAGAAAAUAUGUAAAGAGACAUUUGUUUUAUGCUUCAUCAAUAUUUAUUAUAAAUGUGAUUAAAUGAUUUUUCAUUUGUCUUAACAA